CCUUGUCCAGAAAGGACAUCAGAAUAUUUGCCUGCUGAACUUCUUUUCCCAAAAUUGUCUCUUCUUAGCUACAUUUUCUUCCAUGAUGAGUUGGAUGAAGUGUUGUGUGUUCCCCCUGGUGCUGCUGUGCAUGUGGCAGCUGCAAGAAGGAGCACACGCCUGCACUUGUCCUCUCACGCAUCCACAGACCGCCUUUUGCCAGUCAGGUGUCGUCAUCAGGGCAAAGGUGCUUGCAAAAAAAACCGGCGUUGGUAAAUUUAACGACGUCAAGUAUGACAUCCAACACAUUGCGACAUUCAGAGGCCCUGAGAAGCUCUUUGGUACCAUCUACACUGCAUCCAACUCUGCAGCAUGUGGUGUGAGUCUGACCAGAGGUGUAGAAUAUUUGAUCACAGGCCGAAUGAGAUCUGACGGGUCUCUGUACAUCUCAUUGUGUGACUACAUUGUUCCCUGGAAAAGCAGCCACACGAUCCUGGUGGAGCGUUAUUCAAUGGGCUGUGAUUGCAAGAUCACUCGCUGUGACUCUGUCCCGUGUGGGAUCAGCGGCCCGACUGAGUGCUUGUGGACGGAAAAGCUGUUUGGUGAUUCAGGGCAGGACAAACAAUGUGCUUGCAUCAAGAGAAGGGAUGGUUCUUGUGUCUGGUACAAGGAGGCCGCCUCACCCACAAAGGGUUAAUGGAUUAAAGACUCCAAAAUCCCCACCUUGCAGGAAAAUUAAAAAAAAUCACAUCUAUUUAAAGCAAUGCAAUGUCUUUUACUAUGUUGAGUUUGCAUGCUUUUAAAAUGACAAUCAUGAGUUCAAAAAUGUCAGUCUUUGCAGUACCUAUAUUAUGAUUUCCCAAUCAAAUGAAUAAAUAUUAUUUAAAAAAAAAAAGGUGACUUGUCAGCCACAACACUGUCACCUUGUCCUGCAGGAAAGAACCUAGGAUAAUUUAAUUUUUAAUUUUUAUGGCAUUAACUCAUGUUAUCAAGGCACUUUUCAUGUUGUAGAAGAAUGUUUCUCAUUGUCAUCCCAUUGGGUUGAGUUUUGAAGUGUAUUUUUUUGAGGGUUUUUAAAAUGGCAAUUGGUUCAGCCAUUGGUGGUGUCAGGUCUAUUUUACGGAGGCUUAAGCCUCAAACUUUUCAGUUUUACUAAAUGCAGGAAUAUGAAUUAGAAAAUAACCUGUUAUUUUUCACUAUUACUCAUUUGAAGACUGUACUUAAUAUCCGUUCCAUCAGUAACAACCGCAUUACUGUAUGGAAAACCCAGUCCACGUUUUCACUGUUACCUUAGCAAGAUCGAGCAGGAUAUCGUUAAGGCUAGUUCAGUGCAUUGAACACUGCUGGGUAGGUUAUCCAAUUCAGCUUUUUUUUUUUUUUGUCAAAUCUGAUUUUGUAUAGGCCACAUUACAAAAAAGUAUGUCCAGACUCCAAUGUGAAUGCAAACUGACCCGAACACAGACUUGGCAGUAUGACGUCCUGCGGUGUUUACUGAAGUAAACACGCUUCAAUACUAGUCUCAGUACUGGCACAUUUGU